GCGGCGGGGUGUCAGCCGCGUCCCCGGGGAGUGAUAAAAGGGACUCCGGCUCCUGCCUGGGCCUCACUGCACCUGGACGGCGCCGUCCCCUCCCCGCGGGAGUCCGGCUGCAGCCUCGCCGUGUGGGUCCGUCUCGGAGGGCCCCAUCCACGAGGUCACCAUGACGGCCCCGAGGGCCUGGCUGCUCUGCCUGCUGCUGCUGGCCCUGGACCUGCGGGCAGCUGCCAGCCGAGCCCGGCAGCACUCCAUGGAGGUCCGCACCCCCGACAUCAACCCUGCCUGGUACGCGGGCCGCGGCAUCCGGCCCGUGGGCCGCUUCGGCCGGAGGGGGGCGACGCUGCGAGAGGUGCCCAGGCCCAGCCCGCGAUGCCUACUGAUCUGCCACCGGGUGCCAGGCAACGGCCUCACGUUCCCCCAGGACGGGUACCGGCUGCAGUCAUGAGGACGGGAGCUCAGGAGCCUCCCCGGCCCUCCGCAGGCUGCCUGCCCUCUGAGCUAAUAAAAGCCUGGC